GCAUAUUUGGAGCGGUACAGUAGGCUACCACGUCCAUCAAUCGAGACAUAUGGCUUCAGCACAAGAUGAACUCAGGACGGCUGUCCUGGCAGUGCUCCCGGGCCUUCCUGCUGAAACACUAAGCACCUUGAUGGGAGGCCUGGAAGACCUUGGUGUGGAGAGCAAGGAAGAUAUGAGCCUUCUAAGUGAAGAGAAUCUUCUGCCCUUUCUCCGUGUGGUCCAGUCAAGAAAGCUUCUCCGUGCCUUUUCAUCUCAAGGUUCCUUCUCAGCCCUAUCUCCUCCUGGGUCUCCAGAACCAUCUUCAACCUGUUCCCCUGCAGGGAAUCCACAACUCUCCACACCUGGGACACUCUGUACAUCAAGCCCAACUCUGCCUUCACCACGCACAUCAUGGCCUGGAAAUUUCAAGUACUGACCAGCGUGCUGUAGCAGUGACGACAUGAGUUGGAGUUUCCUGAUGCGUCUCCUGGUGGAGCUCUCCAACCACUCAACAUUUGUGGGCAAGCUGUCGCUUACGCUGCUCAUUGUGUUCCGGAUUGUACUGACCGUGGUGGGUGCCGAGACGAUAUACAAAGAUGAAGAGAGCGAGUUUAUAUGCAAUACAACCCAGCCUAGUUGCCAAAAUAUGUGCUAUAAUGCAUUUGCACCACUCUCGCAUGUAAGGUUCUGGGUUUUUCAGACCAUCAUGAUCACCACACCCUCUAUUCUGUACCUUGCCUUUGCCAUGCACAAGAUCGCACGCAUGGAGGACUAUGAUUACGGACCACGGGGUAGGCGCAAACGCAUGCCUCUGGUAAACCGCAGUGCCAACCAAAACUGCGAGGAGGCUGAGGACAGUGGUAAGGAGGACCCCAUGAUCACCGAGGAGAUCGAGCCAGAAAAUGACAAGGAAAAAGAAAAGAAGGAUGAGAGGAAGAAACAUGACGGCCGGAGACGGAUCAAGCGUGAUGGCCUGAUGAAGGCAUAUGUGCUGCAGCUUUUAUUACGUGCGGCUUUCGAGGUGGCCUUCCUGUCUGGCCAGUGUCUGCUGUAUGGGUUUGUGGUGGCCCCGUCAUACAUGUGUUCGCGUAGCCCAUGUCCCCCCACAGUGGAUUGCUUUGUGUCGCGUCCCACCGAGAAGACCGUCUUCCUGCUCAUCACGUAUGCCGUGAGCUCCCUCUGCCUGCUGCUCACCGUGCUCGAGAUCUUGCACUUGGGCAUCAGUGGCGUCCGUGACAUAUUCCAGAGCCGUGCAAGGUGCCGCCACCAACAUCAUCAAGCCAGUCAGACGGCCUCGGUCUACCCACGUUUCAUACCCUCUGGCAACCCAGGUGCAAGAGCUGAAUGCAGUCUUCGUGACUUGGGCCGCGAGUCUCAGGGUGAUGAGGCGUCCUCACGGGAGCUGGGCCAUCUGCGGCGCCACCCGAAUCUAGCACAGCAGCACCUGGACCAGGGUUACCAGGAUGAGGAGGAGACUCGACUGUGA